AUGGCGCCUGGUUCGAUGCCUUCAGCGCUCACUUUCGAGCUGCUCGGGAAAUGCUCAGUCACCAAAGCGCGCGCUGCAACGCUGCAUCUGCCCCACGGGCCGGUGCCCCUCCCCCUCUUCAUGCCAGUGGCGACACAGGCGUCGUUGAAGGGGCUCACGCCUGAGCAGCUCGAGGAGCAGGGCUGCCGGCUGUGCCUGAACAACACAUACCACUUAGGCCUCAAGCCAGGACAAGCAACGCUGGACGCCAUAGGCGGCGCCCACAAACUGCAGUCAUGGCCUCAUAACAUUCUCACAGAUAGUGGUGGCUUCCAGAUGGUGUCGCUGCUCAAGCUCGCCAAAGUCACCGAAGAAGGCGUCCGCUUCCUGAGCCCCCACGAUGGCUCGCCCAUGCUGCUCACCCCCGAACACUCCAUGUCGCUGCAGAACUCGAUUGGCUCCGACAUCAUGAUGCAGCUCGACGACGUCAUCGUCACCACCUCGCCCGACCUGGCGCGCAUGAAGGAGGCCAUGGAGCGCUCCGUACGCUGGCUCGACCGCUGCAUCCACGCCCACAAGCACCCAGAGCGCCAGAACCUCUUUUGCAUCAUACAGGGUGGCUUGGACCUCGAUCUGCGCCGCGAGUGCACCGCUGAGAUGGUAGCCAGAGACACGCCCGGCAUUGCUAUCGGUGGCCUCUCUGGCGGCGAGGAGAAGAGUGAAUACUGCAAGGUCGUAGACACAUGCACAGGUCUGUUGCCAGAGAAGAAACCACGAUACGUCAUGGGCAUCGGCUACCCUGAAGACCUCGUCGUGUCGGUAGCCCUGGGUGCAGACAUGUUCGACUGCGUGUGGCCUACACGAACUGCCCGUUUCGGCAAUGCCAUCACCGCUAGCGGCAUGCUUAACCUCCGCAAUGUCGUCUUUUCGAAAGAUUUUGGUCCCAUUGAGCAAGGCUGCAAGUGCACCUGCUGCCGACCAACAUCAGAAGGCGGCCUGGGCAUCACGCGAGCCUACGUGUACCAUGUCACUGCGAAAGAGACGGCCGGAGCGCAUCUCCUGACCAUGCAUAACGUGCAUUAUCAGCUCAACCUGAUGAGGUUGGCUAGGGACGCCAUCCUGGAAGAUCGCUAUCCACAGUUCUUGAAAGACUUCUUCAGCAAGCUGUACAACGCACAGAAAGAAAAAUACCCGGUGUGGGCUGUUGACGCGCUCAAGGGCGUUGGUGUGGAUCUUCUGAGCGACUGA